AUGGCAAGGUCAUUUUCUGUCGUUGCUCUCAUUGUCUCUGCUUUUUGCUUCUCAUCUGUCUUGGCUGCUCGUGUUGCACCAAAUGCUGCACCAAAUGGUGAUGAUGUUUUCAUUGUUGUUGGCCAGAUCUAUUGUGAUCCUUGCGGCUUCCAAUUUCAGUCAAGGCUCAGCCAACCCCUAGACGGUGUUAAGGUGACUUUAAAGUGCACAAAGGGAGACAAAAACGUGACAUUCGUGAAGGAGAGUACCACCGACAAAAAUGGUGUCUACAACAUUGAAUGUAAAGGUGAUCACGAGGAAGAGGUUUGCAAGGUGAAAGCCGAAAAUGUGAAGGGCGCAUGUACAAAGAUUAUGGACAACGAAUCUGACAGCAUUGUCCUCACCAAGAACAUGGGUGUCCCUUCCUUGAUUCGUUUUGUUAAUCCCCUUGGGUUCAUGACUCAGACAAUUGAUGCCGGAUGUGGAAAGGUUGUUACCGAGUUGGGUUUGGACAAGCUUGAUGAUUAAACAAUCAUUCAACUUAUUCAUUAAUCCUUAUCAUUAAUGAACAAUUGACAUGUAACUGU